CCGGGGUGCAGAACAGUUCGCAGCUUGUUUGCGAUGUGCUCUGACUUGAUAGGAACUAGGAGGAUAGUAGGCCAGUCUUGGAGAGAGAGAAAGAGCGAGUAAACCGUUUCUUAACGUGUAACACAUACAUUCAAUCAUUAAAAUGCAUAGAAUACCUUGUUUUAUCUGUAUACACACAUGUAUAUAGUGGAUAAUAAUUGUGUAUAUUCUGAGAUGUAAUUAUGCCGUUAUCAUGGUCAUAAAUAACAAACACAAGAAAGAUGAGAGACUAUCGUUCCCUCCUUGUUAUUAACGGCUGUUGUUUAUAAUCCAUAACGAUCAUCUCACACCUUAUGCUCUAACACCAAGUUAAUCCCUUGGUCGUUUAUCUUCACUAUCUUCAUCGUUUCCACGCAUUAUUCCUCUUGAUUACAUUGCCUACCAUGUUUAUGACUCCUCGGGUGUCAUGUACCCUGUCUAAGACAAAACAAAAAAAACGCUUUAAAUAUUAAAUUUCACCAGAAAUUAUGCACGGCAUUCGAUGGUUUGUUUUCAUCUAUGUGCUCGUAAUCGGCCAAUUUGGAUUAAUACUUGUCAGAGAAAUUCAUACAGUAAGCCCUUGUGUGUUAAAUAGAAAUAGGUGUUUUCCAUACCAAUGGCAAUCUAAUAUCAGCACACAUGUUGAUAAAGAUCAUCACAGCCUAAAAGUACGAUUUUCACAUGCCCCACCAGAAACAAAGUUUGUGUAUUACGAAGUGAAGUUAAUUGGAGGUAUUCGUAAUAUUAAAAAAACAGCUGAGAAGGAAGUUGUCUUCAACAAUAUCUGCAAUGGCAAAUAUACCAUAUCCGUGAAACCUUUCGAUCCUCAUCCUUCAGUGAAGGACACCUGUCUGUGUUACAAAAUAGAAGGACGCUGUCAUUUAUGUAAAGCCACCAUAAAACAAAUAGCCAUCAAUAAAACAGAUGAUUCUAAAUGUAACGAGACUACUACCUGGAAACCUCAUUUGCAAAAUUUAACAACUGCAAAGAGAAUUUCAACACUUGUACGUUCAACACCUGUAAUUUCAACACCUGUAAGUUCAACAUCUGUAAUUUCAACACCUGUAAUUUCAACACCUGUAAGUUCAACACCUGUAAGUUCAACACCUGUAAGUUCAACACCUGUAAGUUCAACACCUGCAAUUUCAACACCUGCAAUUUCAACACCUGCAAUUUCAACACCUGCAAUUUCAACACCUAUAAGUUUAACACCUGUAAUUUCAACACUUGUAAGUUCAACAUCUGUAAACUAUUCAUCCUCUGCAAAUAAUUCAAUAUUUCAAACGAGCUCCACAACUACGAGGGAUGAAACCAAAAACAAAAAUGAAAUUAUUUUGUGGGCUGUUAUUGGCAGUUUAGCUGCUAUAAUUACGGCUUUCAGUUUCAUUUGUUUCAUACAUUUAGCAAAAAGGUCAAUAAAAUAAGUACCAGUCAAGUACUGUUGAUGAAGAUGUAAACAAACCAACACUAGUUGUCAAGCAAUGGUGGAAAUAAACACAUAUGCCUAUGAUGAAGGCUAUUGAAUAAGAAACACAUGUCCACGAUAGUCCUCUCAUAUCCAAACAAUAAUUCUGUCCUUUAUUUUUUCUUUGACUUGUUACCAAUGUUUCUCAAUAAUUUUACCAUUGAUGGGAAUCAGUAAGGAAGAGAAUUUGAACCCAGAAUUUAAAGAACUAAUGCAGACAACAUGGGGCAUCUAUGCCAAGGCUGUCACGGUUUUGCUAAUCCACUGAUCAAGACCAGGACAUCAUAUAUCCAGAGCUGUCACAAUUUUGCUGAUCUACUGAUCAAGAUGUAAGGUACAAGUGAUUUCAACAGCAUUUGAACCUAGAUUGCAGAGAACUGCAAUAAAUACUGCAAAGACACUUAAACGAAUCUGCCAAGUCUGUGCCUAUCAUUAUUUUAGGAUUUUUAAUGUAGUGGAGCUGGCAGGAGCGUUAGCAUGCUGAUCAAAAUGCUUAACAGCAUUUCCUCCGAAUGUGUUCAAAUUCCACUGAGGUCAACUUUGCCUUCCAUCCUCUCAGGGUUGGUAAAAUAAGAACUAGUCAAGUAGUUUGGGGCCAAUGUAAUCAACUUACCCCUCCCCUCAAAAAUGCUGGCUCUUCUUCAAAAUUUGAAGCCAUUAUUGUUUCCACAUCGGGAUCAAAAUCAUGAGGUAGUUACUUUGAUUCCUGGACCAGGCUGUGUGUUGUGUUCUUGAGCAAGACACUUUAUUUCACAUUGCUCCAAUUCACUCAGCUGUAGGAAUGAACUGCAACAUCACUGAUUCUAAGCUGUAUUGACCUAUCUUUUCCCCUUGGAUAACAUCAGUAGCAUAGAGAGGGAAGGCUGGUAUGCAUGGGCGACUGCUGGUUUUCCAUAAACAACUUUGCCUGGAAUUGUGCCUCAGAGAAGAACUCUCUAGGUGCAUCCCAUGGUCAUUCAUGACCAAAGAGGGUCUUUACCUUUUAUUCCCUUCUUAUUUUUAUCAUAUCACAUAAUGGAGUAGAUCCAAUGCUCUCGAAGUCAAUACCUUUAGGUUAAAAUAAAGUGUUUUGGCACAUAACAGAAUCCCAUUUCCAAGAUUCCCUAAAAGACAAGAGUUUUGUUUUGUUUUUGUAUUUGGUUUGCAAGAUUCUUGAUGUAAAAUCAUGUUUAAAGACAGCCUGUUGUAUGUUGGGAAGACUGUUGUGCCAAUAAUAAACACACACACUGAUUCUA